AUGGGUGGUUUGGAAAAUGCAUUAAACCAUUUUAUUUAAGAAAUAACACUUGACUCUAAAAACCUAUAAGUUUACAUUAAUAGAGGUGAUAUAUUAAACUAAUUUAGGUAUAAUUUAUGAAAAAAUUGGUAAUAAAGUAAACGCAUUAUAAGAUUACUGUUAGGCAAUAAUAUUAGAUUCUACAAUGUCCUAAGUUUUCUAUAAUAGAGGUAAGAUGUUCCCAUAAGAUUAGGUGGAUUAUAUGAAGAAAUGGGUCUGAAAGAAAAAGCAUUUAAUGAUUAUUGUUCAGCAAUAAAACUAAAUUCAAAUUAUGCUAAAAUUUAACUUACUUAAGGUUAUCUGAUUUCUAAAAUGAUAAGUAUAAAUAUUAAUUGA